CGGGAGCCGCGGCCGCGGGCGGGAGGGCAGGAUGCAGCGCGGCGGCCGCCCAGGCCCGCUGCCCGCCGAGCGCGGCCGGGACCUGUUUGCCUUCGUCACCGCCGCCUCCACCCACGUCCUGCGGGCGCUGCAGAGACCCCGGCGGAGCUGCCCCGGCAAGAGGAGGGUGAACCACCGCCGCUUCCUGCAUCACCAGAUCAGCAGGAGAUUCGCAGACAUUGAAGCGGCCACACGUCAGCUUGCCUCCUCCAUUCUGUCUCAGCAGCCCCAUGCAGCCCCCACACCUCCUACCCCUGAGGAGCCCCGGCGUCCUGGUCCCAUGUCCCCUCCUGGUUCCUUCCUGGGUGUGGCAGAAGCCUUCAGGGCCCCAGAGCCAGGGCCCAACUGGGCUGUUGCCCUGGAUACACUGAGCCCUGACCCUGGUGACCUCUUUGACACCAUUGCCCCCAGCCCUGGUGAGACCCUCCAUGGCCCUCCCCUGCCCAAUUCCCUGUCCCAGGCACUGAGGGGUGAGGGGCACUCUGGACCCCUAUCUGGGACCUGCACAGCCUGGACAGCUCCUCCCUGUGGGCUGUAUGUCCCCUUGGCUAUGUCCCCCAUGUGCCCUGCUACCCUCCAGGAUACCCAGGUGGGGGCUGGUAACUAUGGUGACUUGCCCCUCCUUCCUUCCUCAUGGGGAGGAGAGGAGCCCCUGAGCAUCCUGAAAGCAGGCCCAGGCAGGAGUCCUGGGGGGCAGGAAUGGGGGUGCUAGAGCUAAUAGGGUCAACAGGGGGGCAGGUUCUCGGGCUUUCUGCUCUUAGGGGUCUGCUGCUGACCACAAGGCCAUGCCUGGGGCUUUGCAAUGGUUUCAGGGGCUGCCUGACUUUGGAAGCUGAUCCCUGGUGGGGGAGGGCUUGCCUUGUGUGUCUGCUCAGGGCCAGGUCCUUCUGCUGGGGCUGGGGUUGGGACACAGUGUCUGUGAUGUGACUGAGGCUGCAGGAAUUGAGGAGAGCCCCAGUAACACCCUGAUGCUCAUGGGUUAGGGAUGGCCCUUUCCCCCAAGUGCCUCUCCUAAACACAGUCACUUGAUCUGAGACAGAGGUGUGGGGGGCUGUUCAUACUCCAACCAUCUGUGCCCCCCACAGCCCUGUACCCCUAGCCCCCAUGUCCUCUAUACCUGCAUAUUUUCCCCCAUACAUACCUGUGGCAAAGCAGCCUGAGUCCAAUAAACACAAGGAAAUGCACUGAA